AUGGAUACCAAAUCCGACGUCAACCAUGUCGAGCGCUUGGAGAGGGAUUCUCUCGAUGGGAUCGAGGUGUCCAAGUCCAAGAUCGAGGUCAGCGGCACUGUCAAGCUCACCGAUGGCAAGACCGUGUAUAUUCCUACUCCCACUGCUGAUCCUCAGGAUCCCCUGAACAUGCCCAUGUGGCAAAAGGUCGUGGUCCUGGUCAUCAUCUCGUUCUUCUCUACCAUUGGUCUGGCCUUGGUGUCCGGAUUCGGUGGCCUGCUGGGAUUUUACAUCCCUGGCUACGCCGCUGUUGGCAAGGGCUACGCCGAUAUCACGCAUCUGAUGACUUAUCCCACCCUUUUCAUGGGUAUUGGAAACUUGAUUGGAAUGCCCCUCGGAAUCGCAGUUGGUCGACGAAUCGUUCUCCUCGUAGCCACGGCUAUCAUGAUACUCAGUGCUGGUCUGUGUGCGGGCGCAACCAGCUACGAAUGGCAUCUUGCCGGACGUAUUAUUCUUGGCUUGGCCGCUGGUCAGAGCGAGGCCCUUGUGCCCAUGAUCACACAGGAAAUGUUCUUCCUUCACGAGCGAGGCCGCUGCAUGAUGAUUCAGCAGACUAUCCAGACCAUCCUCACCGCUAUCUUCGUUAUCUUCGCCGGUCCCAUUGCUGAAGCCAUCACUCCUGAGUGGUGGUACGGACUUGGUGCCAUCCUGUCCGCCGUUUCUCUGGUUGCCGCUUUCUUUUUCGUUCCCGAGACAAAGUACCAUCGCCCCAAGUCCUCAUUCCAGUCUGGUGGCAGCUCUGAUGAUGAGGCGGUUAUUAUGGUCUGCACCGAGCGUCCUGAGCUCGACUACAUCAACUUUGCUCCUCGCACCUGGCGAUCUAACCUCCGACUCUGGGUCGGAGCUCCUGAGUGGAACAAGAUCAUUGAGAUUUUCUCUCAAACCUUUGGUCUCAUGCUUUUCCCUAACGUCCUCUGGGCUCUUUGCCUUAACGGCCUAACUCUGGGCGUCAAUAUUGCUAUUGGAACCACAUACGGUCAAAUCGUGACCAGCCCUCCCUACAACUGGCCCCAGUCAUCCGCCAGCUACGUCAACGCAGGCCAAAUCGUCACCUCUCUUAUCGCACUUCCCUGCUUUGGCUACGGAUCUGACAAGCUUAUCAAGUGGUUCGCCAACCGACGCAACGGUAUGCACGAGCCUGAGAUUCGCCUGCUUCCUCUUGCGUUCCCCAUGGUUGUUGGUGUGUUCACUUGUGUUUUGUACGGACUUGGUGCCACCCACCCCGAGAACUACCAUUGGUUUACAUAUGUCUGGGCUGUUGCUGCUUAUUACUUCACCUUCGUUGGUGCCAACAUCGUGGCCAUCACCUACCUCCUCGACAGUUAUCCUCAGCGCGCCGGUCCUCUCCUGGUCAUCAUUUGUGCCGUCCGAGGUAUCAUGUCCUUUGGCGUGUCUUACGGUAUCCAGCCCUUCAUUGAGAGGAACGGUUAUGAUGGUGCCUUUGCUGUAUUCGGUGGAUUGACUGGUGCUUUCGGUGUUCUCGGCAUCUUUGUCUUCAUCUUUGGCAAGAAGAUUCGACAGAUUACUGGAAAGUAUGCUGGCGAAAAGGAUAAGGAUGUUUAA